UCACUUACUGCGUGAACGCAAGAGGCCCAAAACCAUUGUGCGUCUACUAGUAGUGAAACCAAACCACCCUUCCUCCGAACGAUUUUGGACCCAGCAAGCAUUUUGCUGCCAGGCAACAAAAAGGAAAAGAAAACAACGAUUUAAGCAACAGCAAUGCUUCGACAUUUGACAGCUACACGCGCAAUCACCAGAGGUCUUCUUGCACGAGCCUAUACAACUGAAGCUUCGGGCGCUUUAUUGGGACGUCUCAAGGACGAUCGCAAAAGCUUUAUGCGAUCAAAGCAACAGCCAGAUCUCAAUGUCGUAAAGAACAUUCUGAGCGACUAUACAUACCAUAUCAAGUCGCCCAACACCCCGGAAAACCAAUCGGAAGAAGCAGCACUGUUGUCCGUAAUCCAAAAGCUUGUCAAGAAGCGCCAAGAUGCUAUCGGCCAAUACACAGCAGGCAACCGUCCCGAGCUGGCAGAGCAGGAGCAAGGCGAAUUAAAGGUGCUGCAACGUUAUCUUCCCGAGCAAAUGUCGGCGGAAGAGGUGGAGCAGAAGGUCAAGGAGUUGAUUGAGCAAGUGGGAGCGACAUCAAUGAAGGAUAUGGGCAAGGUGAUGAAGGCAUGGACGGAUCAGACAGCAGACAAGAAGAUGGUCAGCGAUGCCGUGAAAAAAUUGCUGGGACAGUAAAAGAUGGGGAUUUUGGGGCCAAGGCUCGCCAAGCAACGCUUGUGGAAAAGUAUAUAAUCAGAAAACUCCUGCAUAAUUUUCAGCGCUUGGCAAAUUAGAGCUUUUUCUUUCCUUUCUUUAAUAAUAACAACAAUAAAAAUGGGUGGCAGUCCCUCUCAUCUUCAGCAACCGCAACAGCAACAGCAGCAACAGUGCCACAACUGUGUUUAUACGCAAUACUACCAUGCACCGCCUUGUGCAGUGG